AUGGACCUUUUCUGGACCUACAAUGGUCGUAUUCCCCUUGAAGAGGAGUAUUACAGAAUGGUGGACCAAAAGACAGGCCAGCUCUUUCAAAUAGCUACCGACCUGAUGCUAGACGCAGCAGAAGAUGCAGUGACUAAGUCUGAACUCCGGAGUCUGCUUCGUGGACUGACUACCCUUCUCGGACGCUGUUUUCAGAUACGUGACGAUUACCAGAACCUGGUUUCUGCCGACUACAUAAAGCAGAAAGGCUUCUGCGAGGAUCUUGACGACGGAAAGUGGUCACUGCCACUCAUUCACUUGUUCCAAACACAACCCAGCCACAUGGCAGUGCUCAAUAUGCUGUCAACAGGGAGAAAGAAUGGGGGUAUGACUCUAGAGCAAAAGCAGUUCGUCCUGGAGGCUAUCGAGGAGGUAAAGGGGCUGGAAUACGCAAGCUCUGUUAUGGCGGAUCUGCAUAUUCAGCUCUACGCUGAGGUACGGAAAAUCGAGGAUUUACUCGGUUUUCCCAAUCCCAACAUGAGGGUCAUGUUGGAACUACUGCGAGCCUAA